UACGGGACUGCCGCGCGUGAGCCACGGUUUCACGCGUCUCCCCAGUGCCUCCUUGAAGCCAUCGACGUCCUUUGCGAGCACAUCUUCAAGGCCCCGACACUCUUUCGCACAUCACACCACGAUACCCUGGCCUGAAUUCAAAAGUUCGUCCUAGCAGCCUGCGCCUCGGAAGGGGAUCACAACUUUCGUCGCACACACGCCAUACCCCCUCCGCCACGGCUUUCAUCCUCGGCAUCAGCAGAUCCCAACUUCGCUGGAUUCAACUCCGUCUGCCGCACAAGGACUGCCCAAAGCAUCACUCACAAGAGUAAACUACCAAGCGACUCUUUUUAUUCACGAGUUCCACAGCUUAAAGCUCAGCACUGUGUCACCAUGCCGUACAACACUACCGCUAUCCCACCUCGUCAGGAGGUCACCGGCCAAGCACAAUUGCCCUUGUCAAGGGUGAAGAAGAUCAUCGCCCAAGACCAAGACAUCAACAUGUGCUCGAACAAUGCCGCUUUCGUCAUCACGCUUGCCACUGAGAUGUUUGUACAAUACCUGGCCGAAGAAGGCCUGAAUAUGGCCAAGCUGGAUCGCAAACCGCGGAAGAACAUCCAGUACAAGGACAUUGCCAAUGCCGUCUCACACAAGGACAACCUGGAGUUCCUCUCAGACAUGGUGCCCAAGACGGUCCCGUACAAGCAGAUCAAGUCCCAGGCUGCUGCCACACGGGCCAAGCUGAAUGGCGAAGGAAGCGCCAGUGCCAGCGCCGUGGCCAGCCCAUCUGGGGCAGGGGCAGAGGAUGAGCCUCAGGCCACAUCGGCGCCAACUAGCGGUAACGGCAGCAGCCACAAGAAACACAAGGCGGGCAAGAGGUCAAGCAAUAUCGGCCCCAAUGUCGCGGAGCUGCUCUCAGGAGGUGUUCCUGGUGCGAGGCCGCCGCCAAGCCAUGACGAGCAGGACGGGCCAGACGAUCAGCUGCGGAGUGAGGCGAUGCGUGGGCGGGAUGAUGAUGUGUCUAUGAGUGGUUGAGCGGAGAGGUUGGACAUGCUAGUCUUUGCUUUCGUGGUCGUAUCGGGAAUGCAUUGUGCUGCGAGUUUGAAGGGAAGUUGGGUAAGAGAACCUGCUGGGCUGUUCGUAGAAAUGGUCAUGAAUUGUUGAAGCCGAUUACGGUCAGUGGAUAAACAGGUUUGCUCAUCACUUGAACGAAUUUGAUGUUACAUGGGUACGAGUCACCGACGCAAUCAGGACA